AUGCCUGCAGAUGGGAAGCCUCUUGGAUUCAUACUAUAUGCAGACAAAGCAAAGUUGUCGUCCUUUGGCCGUGCCAAAGGUUACCCUGUUAUUGCUCAGAUCGCGAACCUCCCAGCUUCAGUCCGGAAUGGCGAAGGAGUUGGUGGUGGUCAAGUUGUGGGAUGGCUCCCAAUUGUCAAAGAUGAUCCUGCAAAGUCGGGAAAACAGAAGUUCGCAGAUUUCAAGGCAGCCAUUUGGCACAAAUCCUUCAAGACAAUACUGAAAUGUCUUAGAUCGAAAAGGAAGCAUGGUGGAUGGAUUGAAUGUUGGGACAAACUUCAACACCAUUUGUUUCCCAUUGUGCCAAUCUUGUCUGCAGAUUACGAGGAGCAUGGUGUUCAACAAUGUAUUCUUACUGAUACUCCACAUGACCUUUCAACAUUCCCAGAUGUGUUAUGUCGCUCAUCCGUGGAGUUAUGGGCAAAUUUCCAUGCCCCAUUUGUUUGGUCCCUUGGGAUGACUUGUUUGACUUGUUGA